UUUUAUUUUAAAACGUGCUGCCCGCUUCGGGCGCGGCAGCUGUGGGUGUGUUCCAUGCUGCUGCUCACCGCAGCUGCUGUGGGCGCUACGCAACCUUCAGCCGCAAAAAUGCGGUUGGGCCCCCUCCCCCUUCCGUGUUGUUCGGGUUGGCCAGGCCUCCAGUGACCUCUGCAGAAAAACGUACAGUUGCAAGGCUUUAGUCCCUCCCGUGGUGCAGACAAUACGGACGUUUGUCUUUGGGAGCUAGGGAGGGCAAUUGAGCACUGCGUCCUGGGCGCAGUCUGUAAACAGCAGGUGGUUUUGUCCACGGCUCCCCUUUUUACAACGAGCGUGGGGGGAAGGGAAUUAGACGAAGGAGAGGUGUGACUGCAUAGUCAGGAGAGCCAGUCUUUAAGGGAUUCUGAGUGCAGAGGAGGGAACGGAGAGGUGGCUCGUGGUUUAGUCAGCUGUCUUGCAAGAGGCUGGAGCAGAGUGAAAAUGAGUGCUGUUUCUGGAGCCAGACUGACCGCCCUUGAGUCAUGACUCCUCCUUUACUGGCUUUGUGGUAUUAGUAUGGCCUCUUCCUGUCUGAUGCUGGAGGAGGCAACCUGAUGGUCCUCUGACAACUGUUCGCCUCAGCACUAAGGAAGCAGAUGGCAAUGUCACAGACACAGGAUUAUGACUGUAGAAGCCACCAUGUCGAUGAGCAGGAGGCCAGGAUUCCAGGCUCAAGUACCAGGUUGGAGUGGGUGGAGAUCAUCGAACCACGCACACGCGAACGCAUGUAUGCCAACCUGGUCACCGGAGAGUGCGUGUGGGACCCUCCAGCUGGCGUGCGCAUCAAGCGCACCAGCGAGGACCAGUGGUGGGAGCUCUUUGACCCCAAUACAUCACGCUUCUACUACUACAGCGCUGCCUCUCAGCGCACCGUGUGGCAUCGCCCGCAGAACUGUGACAUCAUCCCGCUGGCCAAACUGCAGACCCUGAAGCAAAACACCGAGUCUCCGCGCGCCUCUUCGGACAGCAGCCCGGGGAGGGGCAGCCGCGAUGGUAGCACCGGCUCCUCCCUGGAGCCAGAGUUGGAGGACAGGGCGCAGGAGCUACCAGUUCGCAGCGGGCGGGCGACAACCUUGGUCACUUCAAAGGAGGAGAGUAGCAGCUGUUCACCACCGGGUGUGCUCCUGGAGAAGGACUAUGAGGUUUACCGGGACUACAGUGCUGACGGCCAGCUCCUUCACUACAGGACCUCCUCACUACGAUGGAACUCUGGUAACAAGGAACGCAUGCUCAUCAAGGUUGCUGACCGUGAACCCAGCUUCCUCACUUCCCAAGGCAAUGGCUAUCCCUCAGACAACCAGCCUGGGGGACAUCACCGCAGACCUUCUGGCAGCCAACACUCACCUAACCUGCAGACCUUUGUCCCUGACACUGAUGGCACUGUCUUCUUUCCAGAGAGGCGGCCCUCACCCUUCCUAAGGAGGGCUGAGCUCGCUGGAAACUGUUCGCCACUGCUGAUGCAGCCCCGGAAGCCCUCCAGUGACUCACAGCCCUCCUCCCCACGCUAUGGCUAUGAACCCCCACUCUAUGAGGAGCCUCCAGUGGAAUACCAGGCCCCCAUUUAUGAUGAACCCCCCAUGGAUGUGCAGUUUGAGGCCAAUAGCCCCUACCAGACCGGCUCACCACAGAGGUCACCAGGUCGAAAGCCCCACCCAUUCCUGCAAACUACCAAACAGACCCCAACAUCACCCUGCCAGCAGCUGAUGCGUACCAAGCAGAAGUGCCCAGAGCGCUUCCUGAGCCUGGAAUACAGUCCUGUGGGCAAGGAGUACGUACGGCAGCUGGUGUAUGUAGAGCAGGCAGGCUCCAGCCCCAAGCUUAGAGCUGGGCCCAGGCACAAGUAUGCACCCAACCCAGGUGGUGGCACCUACUCCCUGCAGCCCAGCCCCUGCCUGCUGAGAGACCAGCGCCUAGGGAUCAGGUCAGGAGACUACAGUACCAUGGAAGGGCCUGAGUCGCGCCCGAGCCAACCGCCCACACCACUGCCCCAAGCCCAGGAGGAUGCCAUGUCCUGGUCCAGUCAACAGGACACCAUGUCUUCCACAGGCUACUCCCCAGGCACCCGAAAGAGAAAGAACAGAAAGCCAUCUCUGUGCCAAGUCCCUAGCACCUCGUCUACUGACGGUGCUGGGGACCUGCUAGGAGAGCAGUCUCUGACUGAAGAGCGUUCUCCGUGCAGGUCCAGCCUUACCCCAGCAAAGGCUGAGGCAGACAUCGUGCGAGGCACACCCGAGCCCUUCCUGGCACAGGCCCGGCUGGCCUGGGAGGCACAGCAAGCUCACUUCCACAUGAAGCAGAGGGGCAGCUGGGACUCCCAGCAAGACGGCUCAGGGUAUGAGAGUGACGGCGCUGUCCCCCUGCCAAUGCCUGGGCCUGUGGUGCGAGCGUUUAGUGAGGAUGAGGCGCUGGCCCAGCAGGACAAGCACUGGAAGCGGAGCACCUUUGAAAAGCUUGGUUUCCCCCAAAUCCUGCUGGAGAAAAGCAUCUCUGUACAGACCAACCUGGCCUCACCGGAGCCUUACCUCCAUCCCUCACAGUCUGAGGACCUCGGUGCCUGUGCCCAGUUUGAGAACAGCCGGCAGAACCGCAGUGCAGUUCCCAGUUCCAGCUGUGUCUUCCCCACAUUCACGCUGCGUAAGCCUUCCUCAGAGACGGACAUCGAGAACUGGGCCUCCAAGCACUUCAACAAGCACACCCAGGGUCUCUUCCGGCGAAAGGUGUCCAUAGCCAACAUGUUAGCCUGGAGCAGCGAGUCCAUCAAGAAGCCCAUGAUCGUGACUAGUGACCGGCAUGUGAAGAAGGAGGCCUGUGAAAUCUUCAAGCUAAUCCAAAUGUAUAUGGGUGACAGGCGGGCGAAGGCAGACCCACUCCACGUGGCCCUGGAGAUUGCCACAAAAGGCUGGAGUGCACAGGGCCUACGGGAUGAGCUAUAUAUCCAGUUAUGCCGGCAAACCACAGAGAACUUCCGACUAGAGAGCCUGGCCCGUGGCUGGGAGCUCAUGGCCAUCUGCCUGGCCUUCUUUCCACCUACCCCCAAGUUCCACUCCUACCUAGAGGGCUAUAUCUACCGGCAUAUGGACCCCGUUAACGACACUAAAGGGGUAGCAAUAAGCACCUAUGCGAAGUACUGUUACCACAAACUGCAGAAGGCAGCCCUGACCGGGGCCAAGAAGGGCCUAAAGAAGCCCAACGUAGAGGAAAUACGACAUGCCAAGAAUGCCGUGUUCAGCCCAUCCAUGUUUGGCAGUGCGCUGCAGGAGGUGAUGAGCAUGCAGAAGGAGCGCUAUCCUGACAGGCAGCUGCCCUGGGUACAGACACGGCUUUCCGAAGAAGUGCUGGCACUCAAUGGUGACCAGACGGAGGGCAUUUUCAGGGUCCCUGGUGACAUUGAUGAGGUGAACGCCCUGAAGCUGCAGGUGGAUCAGUGGAAGGUGCCGACCGGCCUGGAGGACCCCCACGUCCCUGCAUCCCUGCUGAAGCUGUGGUAUCGGGAGCUGGAGGAGCCCUUGAUUCCUCAUGAAUUCUACGAACAAUGCAUUGCACACUACGAGAGCCCGGAGGCUGCCGUGGCUGUGGUGCAUGCACUACCGCGCAUCAACCGAAUGGUGCUGUGCUACCUCAUACGCUUCCUCCAGGUGUUCGUACAGCCUGCCAAUGUAGCCAUCACCAAAAUGGACGUCAGCAACCUGGCCAUGGUAAUGGCACCCAACUGCCUGCGCUGCCAGUCGGAUGACCCGCGCAUCAUCUUCGAGAAUACGCGAAAAGAGAUGUCCUUCCUUCGAGUGCUCAUUCAGCAUCUAGACACCAGCUUCAUGGAGGGCGUGCUAUAGCACAUGGGUUAUGGACACCGGCUAGGGUGACAUCUGGGGAGGUGGGAGGGAAGGCCCCAGUGCGAGGCAGCAUGCCAGGCCCCGCCAGAUGCCCGCCCCGCCCCGCUCCAGGCCCUCCCGGGCAAAGCAGCCGCGCCAUAACUUGCGGCCAGUUCUGCAGGCACCGGCUCGCCCUGCGGAUAGCAGGCCAGCCCCGAGAAGUGCCUUCUGUUUCCCGGAGCCGAGCGACACUGCCCCCCUAGUCGGCCGAAGCACAUGCCGCGUUGCUCAGGGCAACACGACCUCGUCCCCUCUUCAGGGCAGUCCACCUAGGCACUCUCGCCCUGACCCCGCCUACCCUGAUCUAGGGGCCUCUGGCUGGGGCCUGAAGGAGAGUUAGAGGCGCUCUAGAGAGCUGUGCUGGCCACUGCUAGGACGCAGCCCCUUCUGCCCAAUGCAAGGGAGGCCCCAAACCAAAGCCCUCUGGGGUACGGCCAGGGCUAGGCAGGCGUUCUUGGGGCGGGUGGGGGAGGGCGAGAGGUUUUGUGUUUAUGUUUUUAUUUUUUGGUUUCAGUCCAGAAUCUAGCCCGCACCCAUCCUACUUGUGUAUAAAGAUAUAAAUAGAAUGACAGAUGUCAGAACUAAGUUUGCUAAGAACAUAGUUUUAACCAGAUGCUAUUUAUCUCUUGAACUGCCGUUGCCGUCCUCGGCCUGAACAAGUUAGCACCACCCUCUGACCUCGCGGCCUCCGACCAAACUCCACACCCGGGCGGAGCGUGGAUGGGACCUGGACUCCUCUGCGUUUUCCAUUCUGGAAUCUCAGUUCCAGCCGCUGUCAAACUUCAUUUCUCCCGUUUAUAUAUAAAUAUAUUUUUAGAGUUGUUUUUAUUUAUUAAAAACAAAAGUUCCGCCAUGCUGAGGCCCCGCAGCCCUCGAGGGCGGAUUCUGAACCUCUCCGGUGGCCUGGCCGCAGGCUCGCUCUCGGACGUGUGGACCGAGAUGACUGAGCUCCGUGUGAAUAAAGUUCAAGUGCACACUC